GGACAACACAUAUCAACAACAAGAGGAGCUGUCUCCGUCUCUCUGUCCGUCCCAGCCGAACCGAACCCCGUAGCAACACGGAGACGUGUCAAAGCACCGACACUGACGUACACCUCUGAGUCCGAUGAGUCGCGCGGUUUGACGGAUUACUGUUUCUGAGGGAGACGAAACAUUACACAAUUUGGACACACAAGAAGAAUCCAGAUGGGAGACCCUGCUUUUCACCGAGACUGUCCCCUUGACUGCAAGGUUUAUGUGGGGAAUCUUGGAAACAAUGGAAACAAGACAGAGUUGGAAAGAGCUUUUGGGUACUACGGUCCCCUGAGAAGUGUCUGGGUUGCCAGGAAUCCUCCAGGAUUUGCUUUUGUAGAGUUUGAAGAUCCCAGAGAUGCAUCUGAUGCUGUGAGAGAGCUGGAUGGCAGAUCCUUGUGUGGCUCCCGAGUGCGUGUUGAAUUAUCAACUGGGGAAAAGCGCUCAAGGAGCCGUGGGCCUCCUCCAUCAUGGAGUAGACGUCCUCGGGAUGACUUUAGGAGACGUAGUCCUCCGGUCCGACGCAGAUCACCUAAGAGGAGGAGCCUGAGUCGCAGUCGCAGCAGGUCUUUGUCAAAAGACAGACGCAAAUUUCGAUCUCUUUCCAGAGACAAGAAUCGCAAGCGCUCUCCAUCCCUCUCUCGAUCAAGGAGUCGUUCCAGGUCCAACGAUAGGAAGUAAUCAUCCUGGAUUGUUUUGGAAGAUUCCCCCAUGGUCGUGAAAAGAGACAUUUUUAUAGUUGUUUUUUUGGGGGGGGGUUAUUUGCAGCUUAAGAUUAACUACAUUAUACAUGGUGGGGAGAAGGACAGAAGUGUUCUUAUUUGAUUCAGCUGUGAUGGAAAGAUGGUCCCAUUUUAUUUUUUAUUUUAUUACAUCUUCUAAUUACCCAUGUGAAAUAGUCUUGCCUUGCAUGUUUUCAAACUGAAUGAUUCAUUUUUUUAUCUGUAAGGAUGUAUUGUUUUGGGGGUUUUGUUUUCUUUUGUAAACUUUUGAAUUAAACUGUUGUGACAUUCUACUUUUCUGUUACUACUCUUCCACGUCUCCCAUUCAUUUCAGUGAGUCACUGUGAAAUGCACACUUUAUUAAGACCGAUGCUCUAUUUUGCUGACCGUCUCUGAAACACACCCUGUAAUCCUGUCUUUUAACUACUGUACAUCAAUUGAAAAACAUGGCAUUUACUCAAAAUUGCUCGACUCUGAACUCCCAACAGUUUGUGAUAAUGCAGUUUAAAAGCUUGUUCAAUAAAUGUUUUUCCUAAGUUGCA